AGACCAUACUCGAUAAAAUGAAGGUUCCCGAAGAGGAGUUGAUGAGUGACAUUUUGAGGCGACUGACAGGCGAAUCUGCUCUACCGGUUUACAGCAACAUCGAGAAAUUCAAACGAGUCAACGAGGACUACUACGUAGUUGCAGAGGACUUCCACGAAAGUGUGAGAAAAAGAGAACAGGUCAAUGCUAAGGAGCGGCUUCGGGUGAGUGAGCGAAUACGGAACCUUAACACCAUGUUCUCACGCUUGAAGCGAAUGGUACCUCUGAUGCGACCAGACCGCAAGCCCAGCAAAGUAGACACUCUUAAAGCUGCGACAGAGUACAUUCGAUUACUACUUGCAGUUUUGCAAGACACUGAAACUACCGAGGGCAGUGAGACAGACUUCCUAAAGAAUGCAAUCGCCUAUGGUCAGCCAGAAGGCUUUGACAGUGAUCUUUGGAGGGUGGAUGAUUUUCUGAAUCUAUCUGAGGACCACACUGAAGACUGCUUCAUCAUGCCUUCUGAAUCAGGAACAGAAGAUGGCGAUUUGACCAGACUGGUGUUCCAACAUUGUGCGAUGCCUGCAUACCAGUUCAUCAUUCAAGGAGCAACCGACCAAUCUUCGGGAUCUUUACUAUGAAGAACAACCUUCAGCAGCUUCAACAACCUUCAGCAAGAUGCUAGAAGGUGCCCUUUAUUUUUUUAUUUCUUUUGCAAGUUGUAUUAGUUUGUGAUUGGAAAAUU